CAAUAGUACUAGCAAGUAGGUAAAUAGAAUAGGGGGACUGCAAUGAUUCAAUUGGUCUUUCAUCCCCUCACUUAUUUAUCCCUUUUCACCACAAAAGCAAAGUAUUUGUAUCUGCUAGGGUUUCUGUGAUUCAACCUCUAUUUGCAAUUCCUUGAGAGCUGAGUCUGCUCUGAAAUAACAAAAGAUUCCUACGAUUCCUUUUUUCCAGAUUAAAUAUUUGUCAGAUCUCGUUCGAUUGUUGUUGAUUAUUUAUCAGAAUUAUGGUUAGAGGAAAAACUCAAAUGAAACGCAUAGAAAAUGAGUCAAAUAGACAAGUAACUUUCUCUAAGAGAAGAAAUGGGUUGCUUAAAAAGGCUUUUGAACUUUCUGUGCUUUGUGAUGCUGAAGUAGCACUCAUCAUCUUCUCUACUAGAGGGAAACUCUAUGAGUUCUCUACUUCAAGUAUAAACAAAACGGUUGAACGCUAUCAAAGGAAAAUCAAGGACUUCACUCUCAACACCAAAGGAAUCCAAGAAAAUACACAGCAUCUAAAGGAAUGUGAUAACAGCGCAACGAAGAAGAUCGAGCACCUAGAACUUUCCAAAAGGAAGCUGUUAGGAAAUGAAUUGGAUACAUGUGCUAUUGACGAAUUACAACAGAUUGAAGAACAAAUCGAACGUAGCCUAAGCAAAAUUAGGGCAAGAAAGAAUCAAUUGUUCAGGGAGCAAAUUGAAAAGCUCAGAGAACAGGAAAGGUACCUACUUGAAGAAAAUAGACACUUACGCGAUAAGUGUCGGAUUGAACAAGAUAAUGAACUCAUAACAGAAAGUUUGCAGGGCGGGGAGGUUGAGACAGAGUUGUUCAUAGGGAGACCUGAGAGAAGAAUGGUUUGACAGCUGAAAUUAACCACUAAAUAAAUAAAUAGAUCUAAUAAUGUUUAUAUAUGGGUGCACAAUUUAAUAAUGUCCAAUAUAAAUGUUCACCCGCAUCAUGUUAUGUAUGUCUAAUUAAGAUAAUGAGUAGAUCUUGCUGCACUGUCUAGUCAAAUAAUUUAUCUGUCACGGACGUACUCAAAAGCUGUAAUUUGUCCGAUUGAAAAGUAUCAAUAUUGGAUUUUUGUUGUGAAAA